UCGGCCCGUCAUUCCACUGCGCAUGUGCAAAGCUUCUCUUCUAUUCACGUGGAUGUAGGUCAGAUUUGGCAGUCUGAGGAAGGAGUCUGUGCAGUUGGUCGCGUGCUGAGACGUCAGGCGUUGUUUAAUUAUGGCAGUACGAGCUUUCAAAAAGUUUGUUCCAUUAUUUGAUCGAGUCCUCGUAGAGCGGCUUGCUGCAGAAACUGUAACUAAAGGAGGAAUCAUGCUUCCUGAAAAAUCACAAGGAAAAGUGCUGCAAGCAACUGUAGUUGCUGUUGGAGAAGGUUCUAGAGGAAAGACCGGAGAUAUUCAGCCUGUGAGUGUAAAAGUUGGGGACCAAAUCCUCUUGCCUGAAUAUGGAGGUACAAAGGUUGUACUGGAUGACAAGGACUACUUCUUAUUCAGAGAUGGAGACAUCCUAGGAAAAUAUGUAGAUUAGACUGUUAGUUACUUUCCAAGUAUGUUCAUUCCACUAAAAAAUACUUGCAUUGUGUAAAUAACCUUUUUGUUAUAAUAAAUGGUAAUGUACAAAUAUUCUUUCUUUUUAUUAACACAAGUAAGUGAUAAGCAACCCGGUGUUUGCUGUCAGGGUGCCCCAAGCUAUAUUUGGAAUCAGUUAGUUUAGGUUGUUUCUGUUAGCAGAUGAGUUUCUAUCAGUGGAUCUGUCUUCUGUUUGGAGAGCUUGGGUUGAAUUUUUAGGCCUUUUAUUUUUGCAAUCUUUGUCAAGUAGAGUGUUUAUGGAGCACCCAUUGGCUCAAGGAAUUUUAGGAACAAAUUUCACCUGUAAUGCCAAACCGUCAUAUUAUAUUGUGCUCUGUAAAGCUUCUUCGGAAAAAAACUAUUAAAAUCAUUCUAUUCAAAUUUAA